AUGCCACCAUCUACCAAACUCGGCCAAAUCGCCACCCUCCUCACUUCCCUAUUCCAAGAUUAUUUUCUCUCGAUGGGCCAAAAGUCGUCCUCCCAGCAGCCUUACCGCUCUGACCAAAGGUCGGAGCAGGGGUUUAAUCCCGCCACCGGUGCGCUUGACCAACCAGGAGCGCAUCAGGCGUCACCUGUUUUGAGGCGGCAAAGCCCCAGUACUGUCGCCACUGACCAGUACCCUCCUCCUCCUCACAGUCCCGUCACCGGUACUGGGAAAGACAUACGACCCCACCAACAACCAACACACCUACCACCCCACACCCCAAACACCUACCCGACCCAAUCCUUCGCCCCCACCACCCAAGCGACCCAACAACACCCCUUCGCCCCCUCCACAUUCGACAAAUCCCCUCUCCGCGACGCUAUCCGCACGAUCGACACCCACCCCAGCCCCGAACCCAUCGCCCUCGAGUCUGUGCACCUCUUGAACGAAGGUGUGGCGAUGGUACGUGAGGGCGACCCUGGGUUUGUGUUUAUGGGUGAUGUGCUGGAUGUGAAGAGGGCGGUGGAUGGGAUGGUGGUAAAGGCUGGGGGUUUGAGGGAGGGGGAGUCUAGGAGGGUUGCUUUUGCUUGGAUUGCGACAGUAUCAUUCGACACGGCGCACAUCCUCUGCCGCUGCUACAACCUCCAACACAACCCCAACCCCCAAGCCCCGGAAUUCGAAAACUUUGCACCAAAAGGUAUCCCGAAGCUCAAGCGGGGUCUUGCGACGUUUGCGAGGUCGGGCGUUUAUAUCGACGAACUUGUGGAAGCGGAGAGGUCUGAUGGAGGGAUGGGGGGGGGUGGGGAUGGCGAAGGGGCAGAGGACGAGGGGAGCAACAUGAAAGCAGCCGUCCUCGAGGCAUUCACCGACUACAGAGCCGAAUGGAAGGGCCGAAAACAGACGUUGCAGGGUAUGGCGCAGUCGAGCAACGUCCAUGCUAGUCCGGGGGCUUAUGACCCGCAUGCGGGCGCGGGUGUGGGGACGACGCAUGGCACUCAGGCCGGGGAUGCGAAUGUCAACGGCACUAACAACGCCGGUGGGACGAAGCGUGUUUGA